ACAAUAUUUAUUUUCUUAGGAUGGGAGCCUCAACACGGGCACACCUGCCGUUCACACAACAGCAGGCGACAGCGACAUCUAGUGUUGGAGACAGGAAUCGCCACCCUCUGCCGUCGACAAGACGGGUUGCUGUUCCAAAACCUCGACGAGGCUGCCGCGCUUACGGGCGGCGCAAUGGCGGCUCCUGGAAAGCGGAACCGUAGAAAUAGUCUUCGCUCUCAGACAGAAAUGAUUUCCUCUUCCUUCAAUUCACCUCCACAAGCUCAAACUCCGCUCGUGAGUAGCAACCAUACAUGCCACAGAAACCAGCCAAUCAAAUCCCACCUCAUCCGUUCGUCACUUCCGGAAGCUAACUUCCGCUUCCGGGUGUGAAGGCCAGCUAGGGUUGCCGAGGAGCCUUCUGUUCUGUUCUUUUCCUUUCCUUUCUUCUUUCCUUUCUUUGUCUGUCUUUCCCCCACCCCCGCCCCCACCCCCGAGAAGCUCAGUCCGCCGUCGCUGCCACGAGGGCCAUGUACUCCAGCGUCGAGGGCCGGUCCACAAACGAGUCGUUACGGCUUUGAAGACGGCAGAGGAAGAGGGACAUUCUUUGUGUCGGAGCAGUUUUGGAAAAACUGAUCAUGGAAGAGGUACAAGAUUUAGCAGAACAACCGAUGAAAAAAGCCAAGAUGCAGGAGUCGGGCGAACAGCUGUUAAGGCAAGUGAACAGCACAGACAGCAGUAAUCAGAAACCAGAAUCCUCCAGCCUUGGUCCAAACCUAUCCAUGUCCAGUGAAAUCAUGCCAUGCACUGAUUACAUCUCAAGGUCAUCAAAUGAAUAUACCUCACAGAUGUAUUCUACAAAGCCAUAUGCACAUGUUCUUUCUGUACCUGUAUCUGAAACAAUGCCCUCUUACUCUGAUCAAACUCAAUACCAAGCACUACAGCAGUCACAGACUUACGCUGUGUAUCCUCAGACAACCCAAGCCUAUGGACUACCUCCUUUCGGUGCACUGUGGCCAGGUAUGAAACCUGACAGUGGUUUAAUUCAGACUCCAUCUCCAAGUCAGCACAGUGUUCUUACCUGCACUACAGGGUUAACCACAAGCCAGUCCAGCCCAGCACAUUAUUCUUAUCCUAUUCAAGCUUCAAGUACCAAUGCCAACUCAGUCUCCACCUCCUCUUCUGCUGUCAGUAUCUCAGCAUCAGCAAUAGCGAGCGUCUCUCAACAGGAGUAUCCAACAUAUACAAUCCUUGGCCAAAGUCAGUACCAGCCCUAUUACCCAAGUUCAAGCUUUGGAGUAAUAGCACCAGCAGACAGCAGCACCGAGAGCACCACGUUAGCAACAACUACAUAUCCUUCGGAAAAACCAAAUGCCAUGGUGCCUACUCAGACAGCACAGAGACAUUCUUCUGGGGACCCAUCUGCAAGCCCAUCCUUGCCAAAAGCAACAGCAAGCAAAGAUGCAGAUGAACAAACCAGGAAAAACAUGACUGGGAAGAAUAGAGGCAAGAGGAAAUCAGACUCAUCUUCACCACAAGAUAAUGAACUUGAAAGAGUGUUUUUGUGGGACUUGGAUGAAACCAUCAUCAUAUUUCAUUCUCUUCUCACUGGAUCCUAUGCCCAGAAAUAUGGGAAGGAUCCUACUCUAGUGAUUGGCUCUGGUUUGACUAUGGAAGAAAUGAUUUUUGAAGUUGCUGAUACACACUUAUUUUUUAAUGACUUAGAGGAGUGUGACCAAGUUCAUGUAGAAGAUGUUGCAUCGGAUGACAAUGGACAAGAUUUAAGCAACUACAAUUUUGCUACAGAUGGCUUCAGUGGAUCAGGAAGCAAUGCUAAUCACAGUUCUUCAGGAGUCCAGGGUGGAGUGGAUUGGAUGAGGAAGUUGGCUUUCCGCUACCGCAAGGUGCGCGAGGUCUAUGACAAAUACAAAAGCAAUGUAGCAGCCCUCCUCAGUCCAGAAAAAAAGGAAGCUUUGCAGAGAUUGAGGGAAGAUAUAGAAAUGCUAACAGAUUCCUGGUUGGGGACAGCAUUAAAAUCCUUACUGCUCAUUCAGUCCAGAAAGAAUUGUGUGAAUGUUCUCAUAACAACCACUCAGCUGGUGCCAGCUCUGGCCAAGGUCCUCCUGUAUGGGCUGGGCGACGUGUUCCCAAUUGAAAAUAUUUAUAGUGCAACAAAAAUAGGCAAAGAGAGCUGUUUUGAAAGGAUCAUCUCUCGGUUUGGGAAGAAAGUAACAUAUGUCGUGAUCGGAGAUGGACGUGAUGAGGAGAUGGCAGCCAAGCAGCACAAUAUGCCCUUUUGGAGAAUCACGAAUCAUGCCGAUCUGGUGUCUCUCCACCAGGCGCUGGAGCUGGACUUUCUCUGAGGAAGUGAGCAGCAGCAGGCAGUUCAGCACCUCAUAGCUUCAACAGGAGCCUGCUGGGGAACUUUCUUUUUCAUCCAGACAGGGAAAAAAAUGUAGUGAAUGGAGGCGUACAGCAGGAGGUGCCAUACCAUUGCUUUCCCCAGGAGAGCUGCCAAAGAACCUUGACACAUCAGUCCAGUCGUUCAGGUGGUUCUAGCAUUUUCUGUGGGCAUUUUUGGAAGAGGACGUUUUCUGGGACUCAGCAGAGCCAGCCCAAAGUGAAGGAAUGCUCUCCAGCAGCAGCAGCAGCAAAGGCCUCUCUCAAAGUGCAGCCCUUUGUGGUAUUAUGCUUAAAAGAAAGGUGUACAUUUUUUUGUAGACUAUUUUUGUCACUUCCAGGCCUCUCCAGCUUUUGAAGGUAAAAGGAAGUGAAUUUAUUGUUGUUUUUUUACAGGAAAGGGUCUAGAAGCAUUUCACCAUUUUCUAAAUCCAAAAGCUGGCUGCCAAUUUUCACAGGUUGCAGAAUCUUUCAUUGUGCUGUGAUGAUGGGCCACUGAGCAUAUGCAGCGGUUCCCUUCAUGUUGGACAGCAAGAGAGAAUGGCUGUAAUGUAGGUUUUGAUAAAAGUCGUUCCUUCAUCAAUACCUAGGUCUCCAUGUGGCUGGCACCCCCAGCACUGUCACAGCAGGAUGUUUUGAUAUGGGUCAUUUGAGAUUAUGAGAGACAGGGAAGAGGAAUAGCAAGAAAGAUGCAUCUUGAUUUCCUCCCUCUUUCCACCAACCUUGUUGCACAAGUCGAGCAGCAAGAAAGACAUGAUGAUGCAACAUAAUGCUGCAUUGUAGCGCAACAGCAGUUACACAGCCACACCAGAGAAACAGCUUUCCGUUUACUAGUACUUGCCAUGACCUCCUGACUUCCCAAGCAAGGUUCCAGAUGACCACCAGUUGUGCAUCCUCCAUAUCUGUUUGUCUUUGCAGAUUUUGUUGCCAGGAGUGGGUGGGAGGAAACAUAUUUUCAAAUCCAGGAUAACAAGUUAGGGCCUCGGGAGCAGAUUCUGACUCUAGCAAAAUGAGGAAGUUGGAAGCCCUCUGCUCAGGAAACACAAAAUGUGCAGGGCAUAAGAAGUUACAGGCUCCCAAUUUUCAAAGGAUGCUCACCAUAGCUAGCAACUCUGCCCUGUUCCUUUGUUUCAAUGCUUGGACAACUGCAGAUAAAUGGGUUCUUUGUUGUAACUGAAGCCUGCUGUUUCUCAAGAAAGAUUGCAAUUAGAUUUGGUACCAUCUGAUGCCUAAUAAUACAUUGUCUUUCCAACUGGCCUUUUGACUGGUCUUUUGUCUGCAAAUUAUUUAAAUCUGUGGUGGGCAGCUAGAAGCCUACAGAUCUUGGGCUCCAACUCCCAUCAGGUCUGUCUGGAAGUCAUACGGUGUCUGGAGGGUUAUCGUUGUCCACCUCUGUUUUAAACCAUAAAGCUUUUUAGUUUAUGUAAUGGGGGCAAGUGAUUUUUCCUCUUACCUGCCUAGGCAGUGCAAUAGUGCCAUGCGCUAUAGUUUAUACUAGAGUUGUAGAUGCAGACUAGAGACAUGUGCACCAUAAAACAAGUCUUGCUGCCUUCUUUCUCACACAAGGAGCCACAGACAUUGCUGACAUUUAGACAGUCAGCUUUGCCUGCAAAUUCACUGAAGGCAGCAGAGUCUUUUGAUGAAGAGUUUUCCCAAAACAGCAGAGAGGGUAUGCUACCACUGCUCUGGAAACAGAAGAGAAGGCUCGGUUCUGUUAUGCUUUUUAUGCAUUCUUACUCCUUGGCAAAGUCAGGGAGAUCAUUACCCAGCUGGGUUAUUUCUGAAGAGCCACCUGUUCUGAGAACCCCAAGAUGCUGCAGGUUGUGCUUGGCUUUGGGAAUCAACUCCGUGCCUUAACUUCUACCAUAAGUCCUGGUUUGGAAAUGUCAGCAGUUGAGUAGAAUGAUUGCUGGUGUAUGUUCAAAUUUCCAAAAGGCUCUGAGCCAAGUAUAGAUGGUAAAAAUGCAGAGCCACCAGGCAACUGGCAAGUUUUGUUUACUUAGAACAAGCAUUUCAAGAUUUCAAAAACUCCAUGGCCUCAUGUGAAGCUCUUUGCCUCAUGAUACCAAUAUUUAUACAGUGCCGUUUCUGAUGUAUGUGAAAUUGACUUUACCUAAUUCCUUCAGGUGAUGGUUUUAUGCAUUAAUUUUAAUAAAGGUUUUCCUGUCUCUUGCAUCACCUAA